AAAUUUCCUCGACUUUAUUCCACGACAACAUUAUUGAAUCAACGCAGUAAAAGGGCCCAAACGAACCAAAAAUUCUUUGAUAAAAACCCUAAAGAGUAAAGACAAAACGCCACCGAAAGCUUCCAACACUUACUUAUUUUCACUCAGUACUCACUCCAAUUAUAACUUCAACGCAGAUCGCCCAGCAGCAUGCUUCAACCGGAAAACCAAGACCUCUACCGCUUCUUCACAGGCAACGGCGCCUUCAUCAACGUCGGAGUGCCAUACGGUUUCCCUGCAAACUGUGAUGAUCAGUUUCCUGCCGGCGGGAUGCAAAGCUUCUGUAGUACUUCCAGCUCGUAUUAUCCCAGCUUGGAGGUGUCGGGUUUAUUAAAUUCGCCACCGCAGGAUAGAGCACUUGCCGCCCAGAAGAAUCAUAAAGAGGCUGAGAAGAGGAGGAGAGAGAGAAUCAACUCCCAUCUCGAUAAACUGAGGAGUCUUCUUCCUUGUAAUUCUAAGACAGACAAAGCUUCAUUACUGGCAAAGGUGGUCGAACGUGUUAAAGAGCUGAAAGAACAAACGUCACAAAUCACGGAACUGGAAACCUUCCCUUCCGAAACUGAUGAAAUCACCGUACUCUCUGGUGACCACAGUGAUGGCAGGUUAAUAUUCAAAGCCUCGUUGUGCUGUGAAGACCGCACCGACUUGAUGCCAGACCUUAUCGAGAUUCUAAAAUCUCUUCAUUUGACAACUCUAAGAGCAGAGAUGGCCACUCUCGGCGGAAGAAUUCGAAAUGUUCUUAUUGUCGCCGCGGAUAAAGAUCACAGCAUUGAAUCAGUACAUUUCUUGCAAAAUGCCUUGAAAUCUUUGCUCGAGCGUUCAAGUUCUAGUGAUAAGUCCAAAAGGCGACGCACAUUAGACCGCAAAAUAGUUAUGUAACUGUGAUUGCUCGAUCGUACUCCAUUUCAUAUUUUUGUCAUUAGCUUUUGCGUUUAAUAUACGAGAAGUGUUACCACUACAAAUAGGUUUCAAGAAAUAAAUCUACCAACUUGACAUAAUGGUUUUAUAUUACACGUUAGAUCUAUUAUAUAAUAGAAAUAAAUAUAUAAUCUAACGUAUUAUAUAAAAUCAUGUCAGUUUGUAUGUUUAUUUUUAGAAUCUUUUUUAUAGUUAAAACAUUUCUCUACGCAGGUAUGUUAUCU